UCAGUUGCUGGAAUAGGUACCAACUGAUUGACACAUCACAUCCAGCUAUGUAGUAAUGUACAUGUACUUAUAUUGAAUCGGGAGUUUACUAGACUGGUGCUUUUAUAAUUGUUGUCAGUUUUAACUUACAUUCUUUACCAAUUUCUUAAUGUUUUCUUGAGUUGAGCUACUGAAAAUAGACUCUAUAUUGUCAACACCAGUAUUGUCACCAAUGUUUGAACAUUUGCAUUUCAUAAAUAAAUUUGAAAGUCUGAGUGUAAAGACCACUCAAGCAAUUAAAUGCACAGUUUAUUAUAAGGAAGUGAUUGUAUCAAUUACAGAGAUGUCAAAGAAAUGGAGUGUCCCUAGCUUUUGUGACAUAGAAUUAAGAACUUUAACUACAUCCCAAUAACAUAAAAUGCAGCUCUAUACAUGUAACCAGCUCUAUACAUGUAAUCAGCUAGAUGCAUGUAAUAUAUAAUCAGCUAUGUGCAUAUAACAUAUAAUGCUGUUAUAUACAUGUGCAUAGUUAUUCGACGUAUUUAACUAGCAAGAAAUACAAUGGACUUUGAGAUUGUAGGAUCAGUGUUGGGCGUUGGAGUUCUGUUGGUAGUAAUGGCUGUGGUUUUAAUAGUAUGGAUGUGUCGUAAUGGUAAACUGUUAUGGAGAACAAACGAAGGCCAGAGCACAGCCCGUGUAACAAGUUUUCGCCAUAUCUACACCAAUGAAAGUAGCGCGUCAACAACUGAGCAAGUGGUGACUAUACAUCAACAUUAUGAAAUUAAGGCAGAGGAGUCUUUCUACGAGCUUAGUAAUAUCGCCAGCGGUUGUCAUCUCAAAACCUUAGCCACUGAUGACUUAAAACCAAGCGAUCAAGAAUAUAUCAUUGUAAAGACACCCGCUGACUGCUGUGAGACUAAUCACUAUAUGACUCCAAUCAAUACAGUUCAAUCAUCGAUUUAUUCAACAGAGUGUCUGGGAGCAUUGUCUUCAAAGCUAGAAAUCUCGAGCCUAAACGAUUCUUCUUCUGUAUCUCUUACCCGGCAAGAGACAGUAAACUCAGUUGCUCAUUCUUUAUGCGACAUUCAUAGUAGUCUCAAUACGAAUCUACACAGUACAGAGACAAAUUUCUCAGAGAUUUAUGAUGUUCCGAGUACAGCUGGAGCGUUUUCAAAUGCUUUAGUAAAGAGGCCAACAGAACCACAAAAUAAGCCUUGCUUACAUCUCCACCUUGAAGGAAAAGAGAAUUCGCCACAAAAAAAUAUUCAAAGCAAACUUAGUCCUAUCCGCAAUGAAGCUGAGGAAGAAUCAGAUAUUUAUGACAUCCCACGUUCCAACGAGUUGUCUACAAAAACUCAAAAUAAGCCCAGUCUGCAGUGCGGCUUUGAAGCCAUUGUUGAUACAACUAUUCAUAGUAAAGAUGGCUUGAGCGUAAAUAAAGCUGGCGACAAAUCCGAUAUUUAUGUCAUCCCACGUUCCAACGAGUUGUCUACAAACUGUUUCUAUUCAAAAAAUUUAAAUCAGCCCAGUUUGCAGAGCGGCUUUGAAACAAUUGUGGAUAAAACUAUCCAUUGUAAAGAUGGUCUGAGCACAAAUAGAACUGGUGAUGAUUCUGAUACUUAUGCCAUUCCGCGAUCCACUGAAGAGGUAAGAAAUGCCUCAUUGAAUGAACAAAGUAGACAGGCUCCACAUAUAAGCUUACAGGGUUGUAAGAAUGUUAACAAGACUUUACGAACUGAAGCAAGUCAGCCUAUUUUAAAUGAUAAUACUGAAACAAAUAGUAUACAUGGUACUGAGCCUUCUUCAAAGGUGUCUGCAAAUUCUGUUCUGGGUGUCUGCUCUGCAGAAGCGUCAGAUGGAAUCAUGCAAAGCAAUUUUUCUACAAACGAUCUUUCACCAGAGAAAUUAUCUGAAAUGCAGUUUAAAGAAGCGACCUUAUCUGAUGUUAAUGUUGUAUUAAGAAAAUGUGAGGUGCCCACCAACUCCCAAAUAGACACUAGAAAAGAUGGACAUUUUCCUAGUGAUACUGCACUCAAUGAGCUUGAAGACAAAUCUGAUUUAUUGAACCACGACUAUGUCAAUGUAAAACUAAUCAGAUUAUCUAUGCAGUACAAUGAUAUACAGGCUUGUACCACUGUAAAUAAUUCCACUUUGACUAAACCAUUUUGUAGUAAAGGGGAUGAAGACAUAAUUGUACCAGAGAUCGCCAACUUGGAUUCUUCAAACACAUACUCGACAGCACACGACAGCCUUGAAGAAGUGUACGACUAUCCACCAAGCAGUAGGACGUAAUCAUCUUCUUUUUUGAAGCAACGUCUGUAUUAUAUAAGAUAAGAUAAGCAGUUCUGUAAUGCUUAAACAAUGCAGUUAAUGAGAAAUGUGCCCCCGGAAGUUUAAUCGUAGCAAGUCAUAAAACACAUUAUGCUCUGGUAGUCUCUCCACCUUUAUGAUGUUUCUUGAUUAGAUUAGCCUGUCUUUCUAGAAAUGACAAAUAAAAUAUUAUAUAUACAUUGAAGAAGAAGAAAAAAAGGUUAUCUCAAGGAGAGAACUCCACAUGUACACUCAUAUUUCUUAAUACUGUAAGAUGUAUUUCCCUUUUUUGUUUCGAUAUCAAACAAAGUUAAUUAAUUACCAUUAUUUCAUCAACUACUUGGUUAACAUAAAAUAGGAAUAUUUAUCUCAACCAUUUUUGUUUUAACUUCUCUUUCAACAUCAUCGAAAAUGUUCCCAUGAUUACAUGUCUGGAGUUUUCAAUGUAAUUCAACCAGGAACUAUACCUUUUCUAGAGCUUCCUUGGCCUUGACAAUCACAUCAGACAAACCUCCAUUAUGUAUAUGAUGACGACUUAAUACCAAACAUUUAGCAGUCUUAAGGUCUUUGGGUCCAAUCUACUACAGUAAUUAUAUUUAAGUUGAAGAGAUGAGGGUCCUAGCACUGGAACUGAGAUGCUACAGAAGGAUCCUAGGUAUCACAUUUAAAGAACGCAUACGAAGAGAUAAGUGCCUGCGAUUGGACCCCACGAUUUCAUGCUAACAAUUGUUAAAAACACAAAUACAGUAAAACUAUAUGGCCAUAUUACAAUGUCUUCGGGGCAUGCAAAGACCUUCCUUCAGGGAACAGUACCAGGAAAAAGAAGAAGAUGCAGACAGAGAAAGCGACGGGGGGACAACGUAAAAGACUGGACGGGCCUGCCAUUGGAAGAGGUUCUAUCCAAGGCAAAAGUCAGUCAUGUAUGAUGCCCCGACGAUCCAACAGAGAAAGUGAUAGUUGCAGGUGGUAUCCCAGAAGGCUGUGACAUUACCACCAUUCGCUUAAUCAUGAUUCUUUAUCGGAGAGAAAUGGAG